AUGUACUGCAAAGCCACUCGAGACGAGAUUCCCGACGAGAUUCCCGACGAGAUCCUGAGCAGCGCCUACGCUUGCGCAACCGCCACAACGUCAGCGACCCCGUCAUCCACACGCAGGGCCGAACACUCCACGCAAGGCCCCAAGACCUCCAAAGAAUCAGGCAACGGCCUAGAGAGCACUAUCACGAGCACAGUCACAGUGACGACGACAAAUGACAAUGGGAACACGCUGCAAGUACUCAUUCCGAUUGUCAUGGGCCCCAGUACCAUGACGACGGGAGAAAUGGUGACUUCAACGCUUGAGAGCAAGCCGACCGCCAGUCCCGCUGCAACUUCAAAUGCAGAUGCCGCUGCGUCGACUGCCGCGGCGCCAUCACAACCACAAGAGUCGUCUGCUUCUUCUGCCCCAGCUCAGGCAACGAACAUCGGCAACGGAAGCCCCUUCGACCUUUCUGCGCAGGGUGGAUCAGCGCGUUGGAGCUUUUCGGCCGCAUUUGUCGGGUUCGGCGUGUUCUUUGGAAUUUUUGCCAGGCUGUAG